CAAAGAGCAAAGCCCGUGCAUGCGCACUAUACUAUGCAUAUAUUUACUAUGGAGCUGCGGUCCUUAUGUAGGCUCCUUAGCAGCAAGUGUCUGCAGAGUGUAUAAUGCUCUGGGGAAGGUCGCUGAUCUCCAGAUGGCGGGUACGCUGCAUGAUAUUGUAGUGCAGGCGGCUGUGUUAUAUAGAGACAAGAAAGCAGUAUGUUUUCAACCAUACAACAAGACUCCAGUAUACUGCACCUACCAGGACAUGCUGCAGGGGGCUGAAGAGCUGACACUUUUCCUGAAAUCCCAUAAUCUGGAAAAUAAAACUAUUGGCCUCUACUGCCAUCCAAACAUCCAUCUGCCAUCCUGGAUUCUAGGGAUUCUAAGAGUUCCGGCUGCCUAUUCUCCAGUAGAUCCUGGCGCGCCAUCGUCCUUCACAUCUUCUUUAAUGCAGCGGUGUAAGAUACAGCAUGUGCUUGCGGAGAAAGACAAAGUUGAGAUGUUCAAGUUACUACCUGGCUGGACUGAAAAGGAGUCAUCCACGGUCCAGCAUCUUCACGUUACACUUUUUGAGGCUGUUACAAGUGAGAAAGGGGGUGAAGCAGAGGCCAAUAAUGAAGUAGACCCCCAUAUACCUGGUGACAGAGACUAUACCAAGAGCUUGCAGGAUGAAGAGCACAUUGACAUUCGAGACAGACAAUGCUUAGCUUAUGUUCUACACACCUCUGGGACAACAGGUGCCCCCAAAAUAGUCAGCGUGCCCCACUGCUGCAUUGUGCCAAAUAUUCUUCAUCUAAGAUCCAUCUUUGAUGUCUCACCAAAUGACGUUGUGUUACUGUCAUCACCUCUAACAUUUGACCCAUCUGUUAUUGAGAUGUUCAUGGCCUUAUCUGCUGGAGCCUGUCUUCUGGUUCUGCCAGACCCCCUUAAAAUGAUGCCUCAGCGGCUGUGCAAUCUGCUGUUCCACCAGCAUAAAGUGACCGUGCUGCAGGUCACUCCCACUUUUUUAAAAAGAUUUGGUACUCAUUUAAUCUGCUCUUCUGUGCUAUCCAAAGAAACAUCCUUAAGACUUUUGGCUCUUGGAGGAGAACAAUUCCCACCUCUAAGUGUCUUAAAAAGUUGGAGACAGCCUGGCAACAAGACACGCAUCUUCAGUCUUUAUGGCGUCACUGAAGUUUCAAGUUGGGCAACUUAUUAUGAAGUCCCAGAGACCAUGCUUAACUCUCCAUCUGGUGAUUCAGUGCCCCUUGGCAGCCCCCUGCAUGGAACGAUGGUAGAAGUCCGGAAUGAUGACGAUGUGAGGGUUGAAGAAGGAGAAGGACAGGUUUUUCUGGGAGGGAAACAGCGAGUAUGCUUUUUGGAUGGGGAGAUGGUCCUGCCUUGUGGAAAAAUGAGAGGAACGGGGGACUGGGUGAAAUUGCAAGAUGGGAACAUAUUUUACUUGGGACGCAAAGAUAACCAGAUUAAACGCCAUGGCAAGAGAUUAAAUACGGAGUAUGUACAGCAGGUGGUAGAAAGGCUUGAACCUGUGGAAUCAUGCGCAGUGAUGUGGUUUAAGGCCAAACAAUUAUUAGUCAUAUUCAUUGUGCCGAAGAGACCCUUAGAAAUAAAGUCCUUAUGGAGACUUAUGCAGAGUGAUCUUCUGAGUUAUGCAUUGCCUGACGAUUUGGUUCUGGUGGACUCCUUGCCACACACAAAGCAUGGUAAAAUAGACCUUUCUAGAUUAAAGCUAGUUUAUGCUGACCACUUACGGCAAAAGAUGGACUCACAGUUGCCACACGUAGAUGACUUGUGGCAUGGCUUGCAGGAUCUAUGGAAGUCUGCGCUGGGACUUCCUGAAGGAUGUUCUGACAUUUCUGAAGAUUCUGUAUUCUUGCUCAGUGGUGGUGACUCUUUAAAGGCGAUCCGGUUCCAUGAAGAAGUGGAGGCUUUCGUUGGUAGAUCUGUCCCAGGACUUUUAGAAGCCAUCCUUAGUGAUACUCUCCUGGAUGUUCACAGACUUAUCCUUAAACAUACUUAUCCAGUCAUGGAGAAAUUACAGAACCACACCAAUGUAAAUGCCACAGAAAACCAUGGUAAUUCCAGUGUAGAUGUUAGGAGGGAGGACUACCCGACUAAAAGGAAAGCUGAAGCUCAGAGGUUGCAAAUGGAUUCUACAUCCUUUGUAUCUUUGAGCCGAGGCAACAGACUGUUCAUGAAUGUGUGUUCUGAACAAGUUGUCCGGCAGUGUGAAGUAGCACAUGGGAUAAGUCCAGAUCUAGUAUGGUUUUCAGAAUUCAGUAAUUCAGGAGCUAAGCGGACAAAGCCAACUGCAUCUUCUGAGUUGGAAAUUACUCUACAAGAAAGAUGGGCAUCAGACACAGAUAAAUGUGUAGAUGCUUCACCUCUCCUUGUUAUAUCAACAAAUAAAGACUCCACAAGGACUGUAUACAUUGGAUCUCAUUCACAUAGAGUGCAAGCCCUUGACCUGGACACAGGGGUAGUUGUGUGGGAGAGAAUCCUGGGAGAUCGUGUUGAAUCUUCUGCUGCAGUGUCUAAAUGUGGAAAUUUCAUCCUCGUAGGCUGCUACGAUGGCGGUAUCUAUAUAAUGAGGAGGACCAGCGGGGAAAACCACUGGAUCUUCACCACUGACAAUGCCGUGAAGAGCUCUCCUGUCAUAGAUCCCGUGUCGGGGCUGGCGUUUGUUGGGUCACAUGAUCAGUACUUUUACGCUUUGGAUGUUGAGGUAAAGCAGUGUGUCUGGAAAGCUCAUUGUGACGGGGGAGCAGUGUUUUCUUCUCCUUGUAUUAGUCCAGAACCACAUCAUUUAUAUGUAGCUACACUUGGAGGACGAGUCCUGGCAUUUAACCCAGUCACAGGAAAAACAAUAUGGAAGAUUGAGCUAGGCAAGCCCAUCUUCUCUUCACCAUCCUGUAACCAGAAUCACGUUUUUGUUGGCUGUGUUGAUGCAAAUUUCUACUGCUUCAGCCAUAUGGGUGAAAAGCUGUGGCAGUUGACUACAGAUGGGCCGAUAUUCUCCUCCCCCUGUAUCUCCACUCUCGCCAGGCACGUCACAUUCGGCUCACACGAUGGCUUCAUCUACUGCUGUAGUGCUGAGGGUGAAUUAUUGUGGAGAUACAGGACCAGCUCACCAGUGUAUGCAACUCCAUUGACAUUUCCCAACCCCCACACUGGGAACACGGAGCUGCUGGCUGUCCCUUCUACAGAUGGAAAGUUGUGGAUACUGGAUGCUCACUCAGGACUUCUGAUCCUGCAGCAUGCACUGGACGGAGAGAUAUUUUCUUCCCCCGUUGUGUAUGGCAGCCGACUGGUGGUUGGCUGCAGGAACAAUUUAGUUUACUGUUUUGACUUGAUCGGGAAUGUCAAGUAAUUAGAAAAUCUGGAUUUCAUGUGGACAAGUGAAUCGCUAUAAUAUUCCUUAUGUGAAAGAAAGUUGCAAGACAUGACCGGAUUUGUCACGAAGGCCCUAAGAUUCCAUUCUACAGAAUUUUUUAUAUAAGGAACGUACCCCGUGCAAAUGUGGCAAUUUUACUGCAACUAACUUGCAAUCAAAUGUGAAAGUAGAACCCUAGUCUUAAACAGGGCAACGGUGACUGGUAGCAAAUGUGUGGGAAGCGGUCAGCGAGAGGUCUGUCUGUCCUUAGGUCGUCUGUGUUCUGUACUUAUUUUUCCCACCAACACUAGUCAAAAGGGUUGUCACUUCAGCAAAUGGUAUUUAUCAUGUAGAGAAAGUG